GCUCCCUCAGUGUGGACAGAGAGGAGGAGGAGGAGGAGGAAGACCUUCUGUAAAAUCAUCGAUCUGCGAUGAUCGAUCACCUGCAGCCAAUCAGGGGCAGCCAUCAAUCAACAUACCUGAUGUGAGGCACGCGAGGUGUGGAGCAGCGCGAAACAAUCAGCUGACCGGAGGACUGCGGGUUCUGGUUCCGGAUCAUGUGACCGACGGGCUGCAGGAUCGACCCCCGCCGGAGGACCCGCAGGGGAUACAGGUCAGAGGUUCUGAAGACGGUUUAACUUCCUGCAACUACAGCUAAAGGCUAACAGCUAAGGGCUAACGUAAGACCUGUCGCUGGUCUUAAGGCAGUUGAUAGCCACCGGAGUGAACUACUGGAGCUCUUAUGAACCCAGUUACAAGGUGAGUGAGUGUGUGGGGCGGCGAACAGGAGUUGAGGACGGAGGAGAGGUCACAUGGGAAACACACGGCAUGGAGGUUAAAGGUCAACUCAUCUCAGCACGUGAGCCUCUCACCUGUCCGGACAGGAAGCAGAGGGAGCGAAUGGCGGAGUUGCAGGAGAGGAGGCGUGGCCUGCAGGCACUGCUGAGCACACGAUUGGCUGAGCUGAGACGCAUCUGUCUGCAGGAGGCGGAGCUGACAGGUGCAGUGCCUGGUGACUUUCCCCUAGAGGCGGGGGAAAGACCCCCCUGUGUCCGACGGAGAGGGGGGGCGUCUCGCCAAGGAAACAGGAAGUGUCGAACCGAGGAGGAAGACUCUCAGCGUUCAAAGUUAAAGAAAACUUUAUUUAGCGGAGCUCUGAGGAAACACAGCGACUCUGAAAACAACACACACCACGGCAAGAGGACUGUACACAGAGGCUGCCACACAGAUGACACAGUGAGAUCAGAGAGCAGCUCGACAUCAGACUCCACAGGACUCGAUAACGAGGACGGCGUGUCUCAGUGUCGCCCCCCGCCGCUCAUCGCUGGUUCUCCAGUGGAAGUUUUUUACCUGAACAAAACCAGGAACUCCUUACACAGCAGAACUGACCAUCCAGAACAUCUUCAGAAGCCUCCCCCCCUCACCCUGCCCCCCUCACAUCCUCCCCCCCCUCCCCCUCCAUCCUCCCCCGCCCCCCCCCACGCUCUCAGGACUCCUCGUCCUCCUCUGAUCCGGUGGGGGAGGGCGGGGUCAGGGUGAACGCGGCCCGUCACAGUAACAGCUCCGACGGCCUACUUGACCGCCUCGGCCCCCCAGACCAGGAGGGAUUGUGGGUAAACGGUGUGUCGGGGUCCAGAGGGACGAACACCACCGCAGCGUUCAGGAGCUCCGAGACGCUGGCCGACGGAAGGACGAGAGCGAGGAUGAGUAAUGGGCUAAGUGAGGGGACGGGGCGAGGGGACGGGGGGGGGUACAGCGAGGUGCUGCUGGACUACGUGUGGGGCAAACAGCAGCGCCAGCAGCCCAACAACAGGCAGCCAAUCACAGCACACCAGCUCUACAACGGAGCCCCGCCAACAUACCGCGCCCACUCCGGCGACCAGCGGCGAGUCAAAGUGACCCGCACCAAGUCCUGCGGCCCCUUCCUGCCGGUGCAGACUGAUACCCAUGAUCCUCCUCUGCCCGCCAUCCAGCCGGACCCCCACCCCCACUUGCUGCCCCCCCGACCGCCACAGCUGCCCCCCGCCCAGGACGCUCAGCUGGAGGAUGCCACCCGCAGCCU